AGUCAGACCACAACAACACGGACACGCCGCAGCCGCCAUUAUUUUCGACUACCGUCGCCCGCCGAUGCCAUAUCGCCAGUUGCCACUCCGUGUGUUGGAUUUUUUUAAAAAUUUUGUGUUCUAUUAAGCUGCAGAAUAUUUGUAGACAUUAAAAAUGACGACUGAUUGGAAAUACGAAGUUAACGAUUUAGUUUGGGCUAAAAUGAAGGGCUUCCCACCAUGGCCAGGACGCGUAAGCGAGCCAACUAUCCAGCUUGCUAAAAAACCAAAGAAGAAUUGCAAAUGUAUUUUCUUCUAUGGAACUAAUAAUUAUGCUUGGAUUGAAGUGGGAUGUUUAAAGCCUUAUUUUCAGUUUAAAGAUACUCUAACCUAUAGUUGUAAGACUAUACAUUUCAAAGACGCUUGUAAGGCUAUUGAAGAAUACAUUUUGGAAAACAAUACCAAUGAAGGAGUAAAUAAUGGAUUAUCUGAAGCUGAGUCACGAUUUGAGAAUUUAGUUCAAGACGAAACUCCUGCCUUCCAAUCCGAGAAAACUAAAAUGUCUAACAUACGCAAUGCAUCAUUAUCAAGCUCUGAAAAAACUAAGAAGAGACGGUCCAAACCAGUUGGAUCUACCUCUAAUGGGCCUAAAAAAGAUAAACCUAAAAAACCCCGCUUAAACUCGAGAGUGGGUCAAUCUAGUAAUAAUACUGAGGUUCUUACACAUCUUGGAUUAACAAACAGCAUUAGUCCAGUUCGAAAGAAUAAUACUUUAUUGGACAGACCUGAAGUUAAGACUCCGGAAGCCACCCAGUUAGAUAUUUCAACAAUAUCUAAAUCAUUAAUGAACAAGAAUAUUUCACCAUCAAAGUUGAUAUUUGGAUUUAUUGGCUUAGGCAAUAUGGGUUCAGGAAUUGUCAAAAAUCUGUUAAAUUCUGGACAUAAAGUUGUCGUUUGGAAUCGAACUCCAGAUAAGUGUCAGAAGUUUCAAGAUGCUGGAGCAACUGUUGCAUUAACUCCAUCUGAUGUUAUAGGAGGAGCAGAUAUAACAUUUUCAUGUGUUUCUGAUCCACAAGUUGCUAAAGAUAUGGUAUUUGGAAAUUGUGGUGUACUUCCUGAAAUAAAUAAAGAUAAAGGAUUUGUUGAAAUGACUGGUAUUGAUCCAGAAACAUCUCAAGAUAUUUGUGAGGCUAUUUUGAGCAGAGGAGGCCGUUAUUUGGAAGCUAUGAUUCAGGGAAGUAAAAAGGAUGCAGAAGAAGGGCAUUUAGUUUGUAUGGCAGCUGGCGAUAGAUCUUUGUUCACUGAUUGCAAAUCAUCAUUUUGUGCGAUUUCUAAAAAUUCAUUUUAUCUUGGUGAUGUUGGAGCGGCCACAAAAAUGAAUUUGAUUUUACAUUCAAUCAAAGCAGUAGCUUUAGCAGGAUUAGCUGAAGGUAUGGCUCUGGCAGAUAGAGCUAAUAUACCGCAAAAAGAAGUGUUAGAAAUUCUAGAAAUGACUUCAUUAAGAUGUCCAUUGUUAAUAGAAAAAGGAACAGCCAUGAUGGACAAUAAUUUUCAAACAAAUCAAGCUCUAAAACAUAUUCAAAAGGACUUAAAUUUAUCAUUAGUGUGGUCUGAUGUUUUGGAACAACCUUGUCCAGUUAUGGCAAAUGUAAAUGAAGUAUUUAAACAUGCAAAACGUUUGGGUUAUAGUGAUCAUGAUACUAGUGCUGUAUAUAUCCGAACUAAAUUUUGAUUUAUAGAACUUUUUCAUAAUCUUAAUUUUUUUUCCUUUUUUUUUUUUUUUUUUUUGACAUUAAUGAC